GAAGCGUUGGCUCAGACAUUUUGACACUUCAGGGCGUGGGAACAAGAGAGCGAGAGAGGAGCAACAUGGUUCAGUUCAGAUGGAUUAAAACGUCUUUAUUUGCAAUAUUGCCGCUCCUGCUUACAGCAGCAGUAACUGGACUGAAUCACACCUCCGUCACUGCCAGAGUUGGAGAUGAAGUCACUUUGCCUUGUGACAAUGUGAUCAAAACUCGGGACAAAUGUAACAGUACCUCUUGGCUUGCCAGUCGUUCUGGGGAAUCAGCAAAACAGCUGGUAAAUCUUGGACAGAUCAGUAAAAGUGAGAUUCCCAAAUCUAGAUCAGACAGACUGAGCGUGACAGAGAGCUGUUCUCUGGUUAUUAAAAAUAUCUCAGUGGAGGAUGUUGGUCGUUACACCUGCAGACAGUUCAACAAAUCAGGAAAACAACAAGGUGAAGAUGCUCUGGUUUAUCUGUCUGUUGUUAACGUGGAGAAACUACAGGGGGAUGACAGAGACACCUUGACCUGCUCUGUGUUGACAUAUACUGGAUGUGGACACACAGUGAAGUGGCUGUAUGAUGAUAAUAUGGAUGGAGUGGAGACAGUAACACUUACCUGUUCUGCCAGGUUGACAUAUAAACCUCCUCAUCUUAAUCACAAGUCAAACUAUCACAAGUCACCUGAGUGUGAAGUGACAGAUGAUCAGAGUGGACAGACGCUGCUGUGGAAAGUUAACUCAGUAAACGGCACUAAAGCAACUCAAGAAAAUGGCUCCCCUGGUUUCACAGACUGGUGGUGGGUCAUCAUCGUGGCUGUGGGUUUUGCAGCGCUCUUAAUAAUCGCUGUUGCUGUCAUCAGAUGGAAGACGGCCAAAGGGAACAAAACACAGAAGAAUGACAACACUGGUCAGAAGUUGAACCCGGCAGUGACUCAGCCCUCUGUGGAAAUCAGUCAGGACAUGGUGGAACCUGAAGAUGGCGUUUCCUACGCCUCCGUCAGCUACACCAAGAUGACCAACAGUGGACCCCAGGGUAAAGGUGAGAGUGACGAAGGUGAUGCAGUGACCUACAGCACAGUGAAAGCUUCCUGUUCCUCUGCUGAACCCUCGGCUGACCUCAGCAGCCUCUACGCCACCAUCAACAAAUGAAACAUAGUAUUAUGACAGCUCAUGUCAUUACACUGAAGUCCGUUUUUAUUCGCACGUGCUGUGCUAUAUUAUAAACAUUGUAUAUGCAGCCUAAAUCCUGAAGAGCAUUUCAUAUUUAUUUAUGUUUUUGUAUUUAAACCUCAUGCAUGAACAAAAGACAAAAACUUCUGCAUAAGGUUGUACAUACUUGUUUUAUAAUGUUGUUAUUGCUCAGCUCUUAGUUAAGCAUGUAACCAUAUUUUUUUCUGUUACAAUUAUUAUUAUGAUCAUUAUUAGGAUUGGACCGUUUCUGCCCAGAAUUAAUAGUCAUAGCUUAAGAAGCAGCACCAUUGAAAAAGUAGAAGUAAAAAUCUCAUUCACAUUGUUGAAUUCUAAACUAAAUAUGGAAAUGUUUAUUUAUUUUCCUUUGCAAACCUGCUUUCAGCUUUAAUUCAGCUCAGUGAUAGCUGUUUGUCUGUUCAACCAGGAACCUAAUGUGCUCAUGCACCUGGUUGUACCUCUCAGGGUUUCUGACUCAGUAACCUGCCCGGAACUGUGAAUUGUUCUUCUGUAAACCAUCCGCUGGUCACACAUAUUUUUCUGUUCUGUGGAUCAAUAAGUGGAAGUCAUUACCCACUUAGGAACAAAAGAGGCCCAGUGUGUAGGGUUUAGUGGCAUCUAGUGGUGGGGUUGCAGAUUGUAAGCAACUCAACACGCGUCAUUUCAGCCUCCCCUAUGGUAGCUCCUAUAUACUUGAGGUAAAUUAAUAUAUGUCAGGUUUUGCCUCUAAAUCCCCCUAAAUCCUACAAACUGGACCUUUAAAGGGAUCAUCACUGGGAGCGUUAUUUAAAGAGGGAUCAGUCUUUUAUUAAUUUUUUUUUUUUUUUUUGUAUCAUUGUUUAUGCUCUGUACAUUUUCAUUUGGGAAU